AGUAUAUUUGAUAUUCAGGAAUUUAGACACGGAAAGUUUAAAUGGUACGGAGCAAGCUAAACGCAUCAGCACCAUGGCGUCUUUCGUGCCCGAUGAGAUAGUUUACAAGCAUUCUGACCUCUCCGUGAGGACGUAUGAAACUGCGCUUAUGUUUAUUGAUGUUUCCGGAUUUACAGAUUUAUGUGAAGCUUAUACAAAAACUGGUCGUGGUGGACCGUCGAGAUUGACGCAAGUUCUUAAUUCAUACAUCGGAGCUAUGGUACAAGAGAUUCUGACGCAUAACGGCGAUAUAUUAAAGUUCUCUGGUGACGCUUUUCUAUCGAUGUGGAAGAAAACACCCAGUGGGAACAUGCAAGAUGUUGUUCAUAACGCUAUCGAUUGCGGACUUCUGAUACAAAAGAAUUACGGCAGAUAUGUGACUGAUGUUGGUGUAGCACUUAAAGUGAAAAUUGCAAUAUCAGCUGGGGUGUCUCAUUUCUCCAUCAUCGGAGGUGGGGAGCUGUCGCUUGCACAUUACGUGAUCGUGGGCCAGCCCGUGUGGGAUGUGAAGACCGCGGAGUAUAUGAGCUCAGCAGGCGACGUGCUUACAACCGCUAGUGCCUGGAUAUAUGUCAAUGAGGCUGAAUACUGCACGCAGCCGUGUGGAGACGGCAGACAUACAAAGGUGCUCGGUAUUGGUGCGACUUGGAAGCGGGUUGAGAAAUUACAUUCAUUAAUUGGAAUAAGUUAUGAGGACACUUUCGAAUAUUCUGAGCCCAAACCUCGAUCUGACGGUACCGCCGGUGUAAACUUGAGAGAGUUUUCAUUACGUCCAGCGGUGGUAGCCGCUAUCAAAGGCUCGUGGGGGACGGCGCUGCGUCGCUUCAUGCUGCGUCCGAUCCUCCGCGCGGUCGACAAUGACGAGCCGAUGAAUUUUCUCGCUGAAGUGAGACACGUGCUUAUCGUCUUCAUCAAUAUCAUCACCAAGACAGUGACAGAUGAUAUAUUGAUCAGUGUCGUGGAUGCCGCGUAUAGACGUGUUUGUGGGGUGACAGCGGAGGCCGGUGGAUUGGUCAAUAAAGUAUCGAUGUUUGACAAGGACAUGAUGUUCCUCGUCGUCUUCGGUCUACGCGGACUCAAGCAUGAGGACGAAGCCCGGAAGGCGCUCGAGUGCGCGCUUACGCUGAAAGAAAAUCUUAUGAACUCCAACAUCAUUAGCGUCAGUAUUGGUGUUACAUCUGGUUCAACUUACUGCGGAGUCGUGGGCCAUGUUUUACGACGCGAAUACACUGUUAUAGGUUCGGCAGUCAAUAAGGCUGCUAGAUUAAUGACCACUUAUUUGGACAAAGUGACAUGUGAUAAAGAAACGUUUUUAAAGAGCAAAUUGGACCAUGAUCAUUUCAAAUUGAUGGAAGAGAAACCGCUGAAGGGAUUUGUUAAACCAGGACCUAUUUACGAAUACGAUAGACAACGUCGAUCGGAUCACCUCGGCUGUUGGAGGCACCCACUGCUGGGCCGCAAUGAAGAGCUGCGUCUAUACAAGAUGACUCUACAUAAUGCUCUGGAGCAGCAGAAUUACAAGUUCACCAGAUUUCGGGACCAUAAGUUUGGGAUAGCCUUUAUAGGUCCAGAACAAGUAGGAAAAACAAGGCUUCUAGAUGAAUGUCUAUACAUUACUCCUAAGUUCGUACUUAUUAAUAGAAUUUAUUUAAAGGACUAUGAAAAGACGCCGUUUGGUUUAAUGCGUAAAAUUGUCGCUACAAUUUUCUCAAGCAAUAUGAGACCAGCAAGAGAAAGCCGAGAAAAUAGGAUAAGACUGAGUGUUGAUGUGACAUCCUUACGCGCAGUAGAAAUUUUUGCUGUGAACACAGUAUUCGAUUGCCGUUUUCCCUUGCCUGAGAAGUUUUCGUACUCCGGUGACUUUCUUGGCGUAUAUGAUAUAAAGAGGAUUAUUAAAGAAAUAUUCCUAAAGAACAUUCCAAGUCUCCGUUUGAUAGCCAUCAUGGAGGCGCAAUACGCUGACGAUGAGUCUUGGCGUGUGAUACUUCUACUUCUUGAUAUUAAGAAAGUCUUCAUUCUCUUUACUAUAAGAAAUACCGCUUUUACGUCAGCGGUGGCAAAUGCGUGUUUGGAGAACGAUAUGAUAGUGAAGUUGGAGAUUUCUGGCAUUGACCGUUGGUAUCACGCUGCGCUGGUCUGCCAAAUGUUAGAUGUUCAAGCCAUACCAGCGGAUUUAGAAAAGAUGAUAGAAAGUGCCAGCAAUGGUAUGCCGGGCUGGAUCCAAAAUUUUGUGAUAUCUCUCGUGCAAAGUGGAGAUCUUACGAUAGCUACGGUGACACGUAGCGAGGCGCGCGAGUGCGGGGCGGUCAUACCUUCGAUGUCUUUGUUACAGCGACCAGAUCAUGACCUCUCCCUCUAUGAUGAAUCGCUGGGAGCGCAGGCCAGCAUUUACAGUUUGAAUUUAAGUUUUGGGAAUAAACAAGAGCAGAUGCAGGAAACCGAUGUGAUACAAAUGGCGGUUCUCGCGGAUUCCUAUACGUUUGAAGAUAUAAAAGGCGACGUUAAAAUGGACGUUCUCAUUCUGAAGACGUACGACUCGUUAAGUCCAUUCGAGAAGAUGGUGUUAAAGUGCAGCUCUGUGCUGGGCGAGGUGUUCUCCCGGCGCGUGCUGCACCACUUGCUGCAGACAGACGACCAAAGGAAGGUCGCACUGGCUGUGGCCAAGUUGUUCUCAAUCCGUGUACUGGAGUGUGAGGGAGGUGACUUCACGAGAGACAGCUCUCUAGUGCUGGUGCAUCCAGCGCCGGUGCCUAACGACUGCAAAGCGCCCUACUGCCGCUGUUUGGGCAUCAGACCUCCACCCAAUUGCAAAGAUCUGCCAAUGUACGCUUUCUGCGGAUAUAUGAAAUUUAAGCAUAUAUUGUUUCGGACAACGACUUAUGAAUUGCUCACUGAAAAUCAAAAGCGUAAUAUGCACACAAGAGCGUUACUGUACUUAGAACGGUAUACAAGACGGUGUGUUGCCUGCGGUGGCGGAUGUUUUGUCAAAUUUUUAGGACUUAGAUGCAAUGACGGCCUAAUCCGCGAGAGUGAUGAAUUAAAACGCGUGCGAGAACAGAUAUCUGGCUUCAGCGCGGAGACUAAAACAGCAGACGAGCAGUAUACGCAUCCCUCUUUCGCAUUGCAGCCGUCUAUGGAAUUAACGAUGAAUGUCCGAAGGAAUACAAAUACAACGAUAUUAACGGAAUCUGAAGGUUUAGCAGAAAACGAGAGGAGAAUCCGUCGCUUGACAGGAGAGUAUGGUGGGAGUAGAGAGGGUCGGCCGUUCUUUUCUUAUGAUUUCGGCACUUGCGAGUGUCUGCCUAUUCUUCUAUCCGCAUACUGUCAGGCUGUAGACCACUGCUUCGGUGCUGAGGAAUUUGAGAAGUUGUUUGAAGCUUACUUAGAAUACACUGAUUUAAGUGUCAUCAAUUUGAAUAUGCCACAAGCGAUACGCUUGCUAUUUGAAGUGGAAACCUUAAUUAAUUCUGAGAAAUUUCGCACAAAAAACAAAUGUGAUCUUGAAUGGAUGAAUGACUACCGACUGGGGCGCAUCCUGUCGCACCGCGGGGCUUGCCUCUUGGAGUCAGGUGACCUGGACGAAGCUAAGAAACUCCUACUGGAAGCAUUGAAACUCUUCUCAGAUCCUUUCCCUUCAUCUAAACAUGCAACGCGACUGCGUCAUAUAUGCGUCUCAUUCAGCCAGCUUAUGGCAUUUUAUAUCGCGCCUCAAUGCUACGUUGGGCGGGACCGAGGGGUAUCGGGACAGUUCUACGAGUGUAUAGCAUGGACACUCAUCAGCUUGCAUAAAGUCUUUUGUGAAUCUAAAGAAAAAUCCAAUGCACUUUUGGCUGCAAAGUGGGCCAUGAAUUACGCUCUACGCACCGACUCAAAUUUCAGACUGCUCUGUAUGUGUUAUGGGAAUAUGAUAACUAUUUGUGCUCAGGAACGAGAUUUUUCAAAAUGCGAAAUGUUGGAGCAACGGUCAAUGGAUAUAUGCAAUCGGAAGAUUGGAAAAAUCGAUGUAACGGAAGUUCAAGCCGCGGGAUAUCUUUACACAAAUAUAUUCCUAUUUCGCGUGGAAAGUGGCAAGCGAGCGGAGAGUAUAGAGCUGGGCCUGGAGGUGAUGCGCAUGAUGAGCAGCAUCACGGAGCUGAGGACGCGCCAGCUACUGGUGCUCUGGAUCCUGAAGCUGAUGCUCGCGGAGACCAGGGUGCACGACAUGGUCGCCAUCAUGCGCGAGUUCUUCUAUAUGACAGACCAUUAUGAUUUGAGUUCCGAAACCUGGUACUAUUAUUAUGCGAUGGUUAUCUUGUUGGACACAGGACAUAGUGUGGAAUCGUAUAAGGGUUGUGAAAGAUUCUAUUUGAAGAAAGGCGACGCCAUACUUCGGUCAAAAACGUCUGAAGCUGCCUGGAAUUUCUUCGUUUGCAUGUGGCUUGUCACUAUACGUGUGGGUAUUUGGGAGAAAUCAAUAAUGUGGGAAGAUAAGAUAAAGCAAUUAGUUACAAUGAAGUAUGAAAAUCAUGAAUUCUGCGCCAUGAUCUUGGUGCGAUUGAUUGAAGGACUGCUCAUAAGUAUGGUGCAAGAGAUAGACAGUAGAAAUGUAAGAAAAAUCCAAAUGUACGCGAAACUUGUAAAAUCUCUUUUCAGAGAUUUAAACGGUGCUUGUAAACAAGCUCGCAUGUAUCAACCAAGAUAUUACUUGCUGUUAGCCUACUAUAAUUGCAUAAGUGAUAAAAAGUCGCGGGCUUUCAGUAAGCUUAGUAAGGCAACACAGCUCUGUAAGCAACAUCAAAAUAAUGCUCUCCUUAUUUGGAUUGAACAUACGAGGAACCAUUGGAAUGGGACAUUAAAACCAAUAUUGGUAAAUUACUGGAUGGAACAUAUUAAUGUAGACCAUCAAAUGGGCUAUCGUGAAUUGGAUACUGCAAAAGGCGAUCAAAUAAUACCAUACACUUUACCGUUACCAAAAGACAUGCCAAAUUAUAAUAACUUCGAUAAUUAAAUAUAAAAUUUUAUUAAGCAUUAACUGUUAG